GUCGACGCACCUGCGUCCGCGGAGGCCCGCACGUUAUUCAAACCUCGCUUUGUGUCGCAUGCCAAAUUAGACCGCUUGCCACAGUAGAGGCAGCCCGAACCGACGCGCAGCGCUGCCAGAGGGCACCCGCAGUGGAGCGCGACCAAAGCGCCGUGAAGCGGCAGCAUCAUGGCCGCCCCUUCAUUGCCCGUCUCCGCGGCGGCCUUGCGGCGCGCGGACCUCCUCUUCAAGAAGGGCGACCAGGCCUCGGCGCCGCGCGAGGCCGCCUACGCCUUGUUGUGUGAUGAGGGCGGCACCUUCGACGGCGGCGCGCUGCUCAAGAAGUGCCUCGCGGCCGUCGCGCAGAACCCGUACGGCGCGCUGGGGUUAACCACGGACGCGACGGACGCGCAGAUCAAGAAGGCUUAUAGAAAACUAGCUCUCAAGCUCCACCCGGACAAGAAUCCCAAGACGACGCCCCUGUUUCAAGCCGUCAAGACAGCCUACGACGCGCUGCAAGAUCACACGGGCAAGAUCAAGGCAAAAAGAGCGUAUGAGUCCGCGGAACGCGAAAGAAAUAGUCGUCGCCGGGAAUACGCGACGAUGCGCGAUUUUGAGCGGAAGACGCGGGGCCGGGCCUACCAGUACGGCGGGAAUCCGGCGUGGGGCUGCGGCUACGGUGCGCGGCCGAAGCCGCGCUACCAAAGAGGCCCGACGGCGUCGGAGCGAUAUGAGGAGAUAAGGAGGGCCGAGGCCCGACGGGCGGAGCUGCAACGCGCGCGCGAGCGAGCCGCGGCGGUUGAACGCGCGCGCAAGCUCCGGGAGAGGCAGCGGGAAUUGCAGAGGCAGCGGGAGCGGCGACAGGCGGAGGCGAGAGCUCGAGGUCAUUGUAGGAGGCCCUCGGCGGCGGAACGCCAACGGGAACGCGACGAAGCCAUAAGACGGGGCGCGCGCUUGGCCGCCGAACGCGAGCGCAAGAAGCGCGAGCAGAAGGAGCGCGAGGAACGGGAACGGCAGGAACGCAUGGCGGAAGAACAGCGGAAGCGCGACGAGCAGGCCAAGGCGAAAAAACAUGCCUCGAUGUUCGACGACCUGAUGGCCGGCGCGCUCGCCGCGUUUUGAGGUUGCGGGGCCUUCACUUUGUCGAUGUGACUCGUGGCCAUCUCACAAUGACUUGAUGUCGCACGCAGGCAUGGCGGCAAAAAGACGCGCGGCGCAGAUGCGCGAGCAGCUGCGCAUGCCGCCGGCGCCCGUUGGGUUGCGGGUCACGGACGUGAAUGACGACAGCGUUGAAUUAGAAUGGUGCUCGGCCGAGGACCACCCGCCGAAGGGCUUCGACGUGCAAUGGAAAUUGUACCACCAGAUCCAGUGGGAGAGCGCGAACGUCAUGUUCCCGCGGUGCAAGAAGAAGAAUUUAGAAAGGGGCACGAGGUACUGCUUUCGCGUGCGCGUCGCGGCGCACGCGGCGAAGCCGGCGUCGAAUUGGAGCCGUAGUAUCGACGCGACGACGACGGAGCCCUUCACGAAGGCGCCCUCACCGGUGAAACGAAGGGAGUCGCCUAUCUUGAAGAGAGCCGCGUCGGAGUUCAUGAAGAACUUCCGGCGGAAGCCUUUUGGCGAUGCUUCGAACAAGCAGCCCGCGCCGCCCGCUGGCGCGCCGCAGAAGAAACCCCAAACAGCAAGGAAGCCGCCGUCGACGCGCCCCGGCGGCUGGUUCGAAUUACGAGAUGCGAACGGCCAGGCCUACUACUGGAACGCGCAAUCCGACGAAAGCCAGUGGGAGCCGCCGUCGAAGUGGUACCAGGAAAAGGACCCCACGUCUGGCGUCGCCUACUAUACGGACGGAAACCACUCGACGUGGCGCCGGCCCUCGGAUUAUGUGGAGGUCGCCAAGCCGUCGGGCGGCGACGCGCGCGACUUCGCGCGGCAGACGUUCCGCGCGCGCGCGCCCGUAAGUUAAUCUCGAUCGUUCAGUCA